AUGCCAAGAAUUACUCGGAACUCAAAAAAAGCUGAAUUAAAUUUUGGCGAGGGAGUAGAGAAGAAUAAAGUAAGAAAGAGAAAGAGUUCAUCAAGUAGUUUAUCAGAAAUAGAAAAUUUAUCGCCAAACAAGAGCUCAAAACAAAUAGUUGAUAAUUUAGAGAAAAGUCCUGGAAUUUCUGAUUGCUUGGCCCACAAGCUGAGUUUGGAAGUACCGAAUAUUAACAAGUUUAGUUUGGCACGUAGAGCUCUUGCUGUUAAUGAAAAUUAUCGAUUGCCAGGACGUGAAAAACAAUUUGAGGAUUUAUUACAAAUCAUUGAUGAGGCUAUUUCCACAAAAAAAUCAUCCAGCUUAUAUAUAAAUGGUCCACCAGGUACUGGAAAAACGGCAACAUUAUUAAAACUUAUUAGCAGUCACGACUAUGAAUUAAAAUUGAAAACCGUCUUUAUAAAUUCAACUAGUAUUAGUUCAAUUGGUGCGAUUUAUAAAAAGAUAUGUAGUGAGUUGGAUUUAAAGGAUUGUGGAAACGAAAAGGAAAGUCUACAAUUGCUUGAAAACUACUUUAAGAAAGACAAUAAGAAAAAAACUACACUUUUGGUGCUGGACGAAAUCGAUCAGUUAUGCUCAUCUGGUAAAAAUCAAAACGUUUUAUAUCAUAUUUUUGAGUGGCCUUCAAUUCCCAAUUCUAAACUCUUACUCAUUGGAAUUGCCAAUUCAUUAGACCUAACGGAUCGUUUACUCAUAAGACUACAACGAAAGUGCGAAUUGAAGCCUUUAGUCAUGCAUUUUCCUGCAUACACCAAAAAUGAAAUAGUCGAAAUUUUCAAAUCACGUUUAGAAGAAAGUGAUCUUUUUCCUCCAGCAGCAAUACAGUUGUUGGCAGCCAAAGUAUCUGCUGUUUCUGGUGACAUACGACGAGCUCUUAAUCUCGGGAAACGGGUAAUAGAGAUUGCAGAGUUUGAGAAAAAGAAAAACAAUAAAAGUAUUGAUAUGGAAAAAAUCAGUGCAAUUGUUGAAACUGGAGAUGAUGACUCUAAAAUACAAUUAAAGGAAGUUGUAAGUGUUUUAAAUAAUGUUUAUGGAUGUGCUCAGCAUUUGAAUGACGAAGUUGAUGAUAUUCCACUGCAGCAAAAAAUUCUUAUAUGUACAAUACUGCUAAUUAUGAAACACGAUAAAAAUAAGGAAAUUACUAUUGGACGACUUCAUGAUAUUUAUAAGAAGGUUUGCAAAAAUAGAAAUAUUUAUGCUACAGAUCUAUCGGAGUUUGUUAAUUUGUGCUUAUUGGUUGAAACAAGAGGAAUAUUGAGAUUAACAAAAAAGAAAGAACCCAGAUUUCAUAGAAUUUUUAUGCAGUGGAAUGAAGAUGAAGUUCUCUCAGCACUAAAAGACAAGCAAAUGAUGACAAAUAUUUUAAAUGAGCAGUCUUUAUUAGGUCGUUAA